AUGUCUGCGACAGAAGCAGUUAACAACGGCGGGUUGGAGAAGGACAUUGGUACCGCUCCUCAGAACGGCUCCGGUGCCCCCAUGCAGCCCCAACUGUCCGCCGAAGAGCACCAGGUGGCCCGCGCUGCCGCACGCUUCGGCUACGGACCCCUCGCCCAUGUCAACACCGUGGACGCUUCUCUGCCCGCCUUCGGUGGAGAGUUCCAGCCCGGUCUGUACAAGCCCGUUGAAGGUCGCAAAUUCGCCAAUCCUGCACCUCUCGGCCUGUGCGCUUUCGCCCUCACCACUUUCGUGCUGAGUGCUAUCAACAUCGGUGCCAGGGACAUCUCUGCUCCUAACAUCGUGAUCGCUCUUGCUUUCGGUUAUGGCGGUCUCGUUCAGCUGCUUUCCGGCAUGUGGGAAAUGGCUGUUGGUAACACGUUCGGUGCCACUGCUCUCUCCUCGUACGGUGGUUUCUGGCUCGCUUUCGCUAUCGUUUUGACUCCCGGUGGAUUCGAGAUCGAAUCGACGCUCACAGCCACGGACCCUGCCAAGUUCUAUAACUCCAUGGGUCUCUUCCUAAUGGGAUGGUUCAUUUUCACCACCAUCAUGCUGUUCUGCACGCUCAAGUCGACCGUCGCUUUCUUCCUGCUCUUCUUCUUCCUGGACUUGACUUUCUUGCUCCUCGGCAUCUCCUACCUGCAGCGCGAUGCCCAGGGCCAGGUCAACCUCCCAGUCCAGAAGGCCGGUGGUCUGUUUGGUCUCCUUGCUGCCUUUGCUGCCUGGUACAACGCCCUCGCUGGUAUUGCCGACACUAGCAACAGCUUCUUCAUCAUCCCUGUGGCUCACUUCCCCUGGUCCGCCACUGGCAGGAGCCGCCGUGGCAAGACUGAGCGUGAGCUCGCAUAA